CAGUUAUUUAACCUAAAACAAAUCGCUCCUCCUCCUGGACUCUCCGCUAUUCUCCCAUACACCGCCCUCACGCUCGUCUUCGUCCACCACCGCCAUCCCAUCAGCCACCGUCGUCAACCAGCACCACCAUCGCCGUCCUUCACUACCGUAGCUCUUACUGGUAUCCCCCCUUCUCUCUCUAUAUCUACACCACCGUCACAGCCGUCGUCAUCCACCACCGCGGGCCGAUCCAUCACUGCCGUCAACCAGAACCACCACUUCCGUCCUCUUCCAUCACCGUAGCUCUCACAGCUUGCCUAGGGCCCCUAAAAGCUCAGGGCCAACCCUGCAAGCCAUGGCGGCAUCCGAUCCUGAAAAGUUGAUGAUCAAAGGCGAUAAACUAACACAACUCAGCCUAACAAGGUGGAGUGCUGAUUGGAAGAGCGCUACUCUUUUGUAUGAGCAGGCUGCUAAUGGAUUCAGACUUGCCAAAAAUUAUGAGAAAGCAAAAGCUGCAUUUGAGAAAGCUUCCAAAGGACAAGAGAUGCUCUCUUCGCCCUGGGAUGCUGCUAAGCAUUUGGAGUCUGCUGCUGCACUGGCAAAAGAAUUAGGCAGUUGGAGUGAGGUUGCUGACUUUUAUAGAAGGGCAUCUGAAUUAUACAAUGAGUGCGGGAGGUCACAACCAGCAUCGGAUGCUCUUGCAAGAGGUGCUCGUGUUUUGGAAGAUAAUGCACCUGAUGAAGCUAUUCGGUUGUACACUGAUGCUUGUGAUAUUCUUGAAGAAGAUGGCAAGGAACAAAUGGCAUUUGAUCUUUAUCGUGCUGCCACAAGUGUUUAUGUAAAGCUUGAGAAAUAUGCAGAUGCUGCAACUUUCCUGUUGAGAUGGGGUUUAGCAGCUGAUAAGUGCAAUGCUACCCAUAGCCAGUGCAAGGUAUAUCUUAGUGCAAUCAUUGUGUACCUUUUUGCAAAUGACUUGAAGCAAGCAGAGAAGUGCUACAAUGACUGUUGUCAGAUUGAAGCUUUUUUGAGUAGUGAUCAGAAUCGUUGUGCGAGUAAACUUCUUUCUGCAUACUCGGACGGUGAUGUUGAAGAGAUUAAACGUGUGGCUCAGUCAAGCACUAUAAAAAAUCUUGACCAUAUGAACACAACUCAGCCUAACGAGGUGGAGUGCUGAUGGGAAGAUUGCUACUCUUUUUGUAUGAGCAAGCUGGUAGGUAAUUUAUGUAUGCUAUUGCAAAACUUUGAAAUGGUGCAACACU